CAUUUCUCUUUUAUCAUAUUCCUCAGGGUGGGGGCGUUAUGGAGAUCCUCAAAUAGCGGAUGGUCAGAUGAAAUGGCACACAGAGGAAACAUGAACACCUCGAGCAUUUACGGCACAUUCGGACGCUUGUUCCCUAACAACUUUUCUCUUUGGGAGCAUCUCCAGAAGAACUGGACUACCCAUGGUUUGACGCCUUUCUCCAUCGACUUUCUUUUUGCGGGACAUGAACCCGACACAAUAGUUUUAAUGGUGAUGUACAUGAUAUCAUUCGUGACCGGACUGGUGGGGAAUAUAAUGGCUCUGUGGGUCCUGACGCGCCGGAGGAAUCGCUUGUCUGGAGCUUCAGCCACCAGAAGACUCCUGGUCAACCUGGCGGUGUGUGACAUGAUGGUAGUUUGCGUCUGCAUGCCGGUUAAUUUAGGACAUCAGGUGUAUAACGCGUGGGUGUUUGGCGACUUUCUGUGUCGAGCUGUGCCGUUCGUUCAAGCGGUAUCAGUCUCUGCCAGUGUUCUGAGUCUGGCCGUGAUCAGUUUGAACAGAUACUACAGCGUCCACAGUCCCCUGCACGCCAGAUCUUUCUUUACGGCCAGGAGAAUGAUAUGCAUGAUAGCCGUGGUGUGGAUCGUAUCUUCUGCACUAUGCUUGCCAUUGUUUUUCAUGAACACGACUAAGACGCUUUCCCUGCUAGACGGACUGCAUACAGUGACCGUGUGCGUGGAGAGCUGGUCUAAAGUCAAACUGCGCCAGGGUUACAACUUUUUGCUCUUCUGCGCGUUAUAUGGAUUUCCAGUGGUCUUUAACCUGGUCAUUUGCUUUUUGACCUGCUGGAAAUUGAGUAGAGGUGGCACAUCAUCGAUAUCAGAUCCCAACCAGCUCGCGCUAACCUCUUCAACAUCGCGCCUGAAAACGCGCAAGAGGAUCGCCAAAAUGGUCUUUGCGCUCGUGCUGCUGUUCACUUUCUCCUGGCUGCCGCUCUAUGCCGUGGACAUCUGGAUCGACUCCCACAUUCCCAGCUCUCCCGAUCGACACGAUGAGCUGAGCAACGUUGAACAUCAUUGGAUUCUCCAGAGCAGACCCUUUGCGCAAUGGCUGGGUCUCACCAACUCAUCCCUCAAUCCUCUUUGCUACUGCUUUGUUGGAAACUUGUACAGAUCGGCCAGAAGAUUUAGAGAAAGCUACAGAGAGAAGAUUUCAUCUGUCAUGAGUCUGACCAAUAAGUCUUCAAUGAGAAAUUCGGCCUCUAAAAUCCAGCAGCGCAACUCUGGCUCAUCUGGGAGGUUUGCUUCAGAAACGAGGAGCGACACUGUUUUCAGACUGACCAGAAGUAAAAGCUUGUCUGCCACGACUGUGUGUGAGAGUAUUUGACUGGGGGAGAAGGAGAACACAGACAGACUUGAAACCAUGUGAAAAGGGUGAUGCUUUAUAACAACUUUUAUUGAUAAAUCAUUAACAAACAUAUAAUACUUAAUAGAGUAGCAGUACAUGCACAUUUCAAUAUAUUUUUUAAAGGAGUAGCCUAAUAAUAGUAAUUAAAGUUAUUAUAAAGUGUUACUGUGAAUUAUCUUGGCUAUUUUGUUGUAAUUAUUUUCUGUUAAAUAAAUGAAUACCAGAUUUGUUCUGAAAAUAGUGAAUGUGAGUGGAAAAUUGCAGUCUGAUAUGGAAGGAAACCCAGAAUGUGUGGCUCAAGUCAGGAUUAAUGGUACCGCUGAGGGGCUUUAGCCCUGACAUGUGGUUGUCUGUUAUUCCACCAACUACUCCCCACCAGAAAUCAAAAGAUCCCUGUAUAAUAAAUAUUCCUACUGUUAGCCUAUACAUUUUGACUGCACCACAUUUACAGUCUUUCUGAAGACACAAGAAAUUUAGAUUUAUAGCUCUUAUUUGGUGGGCAGAACAAUUUUCUUACAAAAAAAAAAAAAAAAAAAAAAGGUUCUUUAAUGGAAUCUAUAUUGUACAUCUAUGGCAUCUUUUCAGUCCUCCAUUCUUUCCCAGCUAACAGGGAAUGUUCUCAGAAUUUUGGCUUUCAAAGUUAAUAUUAAAGUUCAUUAAUGGAACAUUCAUUCAAGGUUAUCUGGUCUAAUAAUGUUCUCAAAUCAUUAGCACAAAACAUAACUUUUUUUUUUUUUUAAAGUAAUGUUCUCAUAAUAACUGCUGAAUGAUAAAUUGGAAUAUUUCCUUAACUUUUGCAUAGAACAUUUUAAAACAUUUUUAAAACAUUUAAAA